AUGGAAUACUACUCAUCCUUAGAUGCAUCCCAACUAGAUUCAGAAAGACCAACAUUAUUUGAACUUAUCUCAGCUAAUCAGUUGGAAUCCUUAUUAUCACCAUCAUUGAGGUAUAUUCUUGUCCAUUAUGCCAGUAGAUACCCCAGGUACUUGUUAAAAGUAAACAACUAUUUUGAUGAGAUCAAUUUGGCAUUGAGGAGUUUUAUAGAAUGGUAUUUUCUCACUUAUUGGCAAGGUUCAUUUACUGAAAACUUUUAUGGUCUAAAAAGAGUGAAUCAAACACCUUUGUCGGAAGGCCAGUUUAACAGUUCUAAGUUGACCCAGCUAGUCCCAUCUAUGAUUGAGGAAAGGAGAAAGAUCACAACAUUACAAAAGUUUAUAUCCAUAUUUGAAGUCACGGGGACCGCUUUCUUGUCGGAAAAGUUAAACUACUGUUACGAAGUAUGGUAUACUAAAUACAUUACCAAUCAACUAAAUACCCACGAGUCACUUACUAAAAAGGAGAAUUUAAAGAUUAAAUUGAAGAGGAAAUUUGUUGAGAUAUACCCCUAUGUUCAAAGUGCUUACCGUUUGGCCAACUUCAUCACCACUUUAAUGUACUUGAGUGGAUCAUCGAAAUCUCCCACGAUUUUAACCUAUUUAUUCAAAAUGAACUAUUCCCGAUUAAACCAAUACGAUUACGACAAAAACGAACCACAACAGAAGUUAUCGGAAACAAAAAAACAUAAUAAGAUUGCUCCACCUACAACUGCCGAGUUACUUUUACAUUUUGUACUGAACAACAUCACCAAUCCAUCGUGGAAAAUGGUUAAACUUGUCUUAGGAACAUUUUUCCCUGUUGCCAUAUUCACUUUGAAAUUCCUCGAAUGGUGGAAUAACUCCAACUUUUCAGCAAAAUUACUCAAGAACCUGGGUAAUUCACUCAAUUUCACGUUACCACCACCAUCUAGAUUAUCAGCAAUAUUACGUUCAUUUGCUAAGCGUGAUAAAUCUGUAAAACAGAGAAAGCCCUUUAAGUCAGGUAAAUUAUGUCCCUUAUGCAAAAAAGAGAUGACCAAUCCUGCAGUUAUUGAAACAGGAUAUGUGUUUGAUUAUUCGUGUAUUUAUAAUUACUUGGAAAAAUCACAUAUAAUAGUUGCAAAGAAAGUUGAGGCGGAAUCAAAAGAAGAAGAAGAAGAAGAAGAAGAAGAAGAAGAAGAAGUGCAUUCAGAUAAUGAGGAAGGUGCAAAGGGUCCAAAAGAAGAGAAGAAUUACGAUAUAAAUAAAGGUGGAAGAUGUCCCAUAACUGGACAAAAGUUGCUUGGUUGUAAGUGGAAUCCAUUGAAGGAGGAAUGGCAAAUCGAAGGUAUCAGACGUCUAAUCCUUUAG